AUGGCACUGGUAAAGCUGGAGCCGAUGCCGGAUGACGCAGAGCCAACCUUCGUAUUCCAAAAGCCGGAAGCUGUGGUGCGAAACGAGUUCACGGCGGUGAUUGAGAAAGACGAGGAUUGGUUCGUUGCACAUUGCCUGGAAAUACCUGGGGCUCACGGGCAGGGCAAGACCAGGGAGGAUGUGCUCGAGAAUCUGGCCGAAGCGAUCCUAUUACACAUGGAGAUGCGUCGGGAGGAUAGCCUUCGUGGUGUGCCAGUGGAGGCGAUUCGUGAAGUGAUCGUAGUUCAGUGA